UGACGUCGUAGCAACCAAUAUCUUUUUUUUUUCUCUCUACACUAUUUUUUCCCUUUCUUUCUGCUGCUGCUGCUGCUGCUGCUACUUUUCUGCAUUGGAUCAUCCCAGCGUUUUUUUGCUAGCGGCGCGCCACGGCUAGCGGGUCCGUAGGUAUCUUACCUUAGUGGGACUCCGCUGCCUCAUUCCAGGUUGUGCGGUGGGUCCAUCCACCUCAUGUUUCCAAGCUCCCGUUCAUCUCCAUUUCGUCUCACUCACUCACAGUCGCUCAUCUUCACAAGUUCACAGUCUUAUCACAGAGAAGAACUCAACUCAAUGAAGAGGACACACAGACUCUCUCAGGACGGCACAGACGGAUGGAGUACAGUAGUGAAGAAUCAUCACCGCAACAUCAUGGCUCACCUCGGGGCUACUCCUCGGGGCGUCAAAAGGGGGAGACAGAAAGAAAGAGACAUCAAGUCCCAUGGCACCGCCGCGAGAUCAGGUGUCCGUACGUCAGUACCAUUCUCCAUCCAGAACAAGAUCCCAAAUGCCUUUCAGUUUCGGGUCCCGAGGGGCCGUCUAAACGAGGUUCGCGCGGCCCCCAUACGGAUACCCGCAACCACCACCGUGACCACCCCCAUCCCAUCUACCCAUACUUCGUACAGCACCGCCCCCAAGCCUCUGUCGACGAGUCCAGCCAACCGGGCCGUUGUGUCACUCUCUCCGCGGGCGGGCGAUCUGUAUCAUUCUGUGGGCAUCUGUAGCCACUCCUCAGCUGAAGUGGGAUCAUCACGGUUGACAGCGGUUACUCAGCGCAAAAGGAAGUUCGGCAAGCCACUCGAAAUGCAAAUUGAACAGCA